AUGAAUGACCCAACUACCUCUAGUGGUGACCCAACUACCUCUAGUGGUGACCCAACUACCUCUAGUGGUUACCCAACUACCUCUAGUGGUGACCCAGCCACCUCUAGUGGUGACCCAACUAUCUCUAGUGGUGACCCAACUAUCUCUAGUGGUGACCCAGCUAUCUCUAGUGGUGACCCAACUACCUCUAGUGGUGACCCAACUACCACUAGUGGUGACCCAACUACCUCUAGUGGUGACCCAACUACUUUUACUGGUGACCCAACUACCUCUAGUGGUGACCCAACUACCUCUAAUGGUGGCCCAACUACCUCUAGUGGUGACCCAACUACCUCUAGUGGUGGCCCAACUACCUCUAGUGGUGACCCAACUACCUCUAGUGGUGGCCCAACUACCUCUAGUGGUGGCCCAACUACCUCUAGUGGUGACCCAACUACCUUUACUGGUGACCCAACUACCUCUAGUGGUGACCCACUUAUCAUCAUCUGCCUGAGUGUUUGGCACCUCUAUCGCUGCUUUCUUUGUAGGAUUUCUGCUCAUUUAUAA